GUGUGUGUGUGUGUCUGUGUGUGUGUCGGUGGGAGGGGCUUUUAUUUUACUGCUAAAUAAAAAGUAACGGUGCCCGGCCGGCUGCCAGUCUGCGGUGUCGCGGGUGACAUGUGGUUUAGGAUGAGCCGCCGCGUGUGAGUGUAAGGACGUGACGGCUCCGCGUGUUUACCACACGGGUCUGCAGACGCACGCGGGAGCCGCAGCGUGUACCUGCAGGCUGUGUGAGCGUGUGUGAGCGGCUCGGAGGCAGAUCCUCCACAGAACACGCCCUGGUAGAAAAGGUAGACACACACACUCACGGCGAGAGAAAGACACACAAACACACACACAUUCACACAGAGCGUGAUCACCGAGGAGCCGAGCUGCCUUACCUGUACACAACAGCCCCAAUGAUCCCCUGCAGGCUGCCACCUCCAGCGGACUGUCACCAGAUGAGAGCAGGGCGCGUUUACUUCCACACACUCUGGACUUAUCGUAUAUUUACGCGCGGGGCUCGGAACACCUGGAGAGCCUGCGGGACUCGGCAGGAGGAGUAAAGCUGGGUGUUGUUGCAGCAGCGGAGCGUUCAUCCACCGGCAGGGCUGAGUACCAUGAACAGGAAUACGCGGCGCUGGAUUUUCCAUUUUUUCCUGUGUCUCGGGAUAGUGUAUCUGAAAAUCGGGGGGCUGUCGUCGGUGGUGGCGCUGGGAGCGAGCAUCAUCUGUAACAAGAUCCCCGGCUUGGCCCCGCGUCAGAGGACUAUCUGUCAGAGCCGACCCGAUGCGAUCAUAGUGAUCGGGGAAGGAGUUCAGAUGGGGAUCAAUGAGUGUCAGUUUCAGUUCAGGCACGGCCGCUGGAACUGCUCGGCCCUGGGGGAGAGGACCGUGUUCGGGAAAGAACUCAGAGUGGGCAGUAAGGAGGCUGCUUUCACCUACGCUAUCAUAGCCGCAGGGGUCGCCCAUGCAGUCACAGCAGCCUGCACCCAGGGGAGCCUGAGUGGCUGCGGUUGUGACAAGGAGAAACAGGGUUUCUACAACCAGCAGGAGGGCUGGAAGUGGGGUGGCUGCUCUGCGGACAUCCACUAUGGACUGAGUUUCUCCAAGGUGUUUGUGGAUGCACGGGAGAUCAAGCAGAGCGCCAGGACACUCAUGAAUUUACACAACAAUGAAGUGGGACGCAAGGUCCUGGAGAAGAGCAUGCACCUAGAGUGCAAGUGUCAUGGGGUUUCUGGAUCCUGCACCACGAAGACAUGUUGGACGACACUCCCCAAAUUCCGUCAGCUGGGAUACAUGCUCAAAGACAAGUACAACCAUGCUGUUCACGUGGAGCCUGUGCGCGCCAGGCGGAACAAGCGCCCCGCCUUCCUGAAGAUCAAGAAACCACACUCCUACCGCAAGCCCAAGGACAUGGAGCUAGUCUACAUCGAGAGGUCUCCCAACUACUGCGAGGCUGACCCUCUGACCGGAAGCAUGGGGACGCAGGGCCGUCUGUGUAACAAAACAGCUCAGCAGCCCAACAGCUGUGACCUGAUGUGCUGUGGUCGGGGAUACAACACACAUCAGUACUCGCGUGUUUGGCAGUGCAACUGCAAGUUCCUGUGGUGCUGCUAUGUCAAGUGCAACACGUGCAGUGAGAGGACAGAAGUGUAUACCUGUAAAUAGAUGUAUUUAAUGGACAUUCUUUUAGUGUGUGUUGUUCGUGGGUUUCAGUAUCUGUGGAGAGACUGCCUUGCUGCCCUUGUGUUACAGCAAUUACAGCUUUUUCAUUCAACUUUGUUUAUUAUAAUGAUGCCAAUGGACAUCUGCCACGACACUGGACUCGAGCUAUCAGCUUCACAAAUGUUCUUUUUGUGUUUUAAAUUGAUUGACAUUUUGUGCUGCAUGCUUAAUGUUUUCACAGGCCGUACUGGUCUACUGGCAUGACUCACCUUAAACAGUAGGCCUAACAGGUUUUUAUUUUAUUUUUUUUCUUUUGUUAAUCGACUAAUAAUUUAUUUGAUGAGAAAACUACUGAUCAUUUUGAAGAUUCACUGCAACUAAAUCUAGUAAAGGUUUGGUGGUGUAGAUUACGGUUUUUAGAAAAGAAAAAAGAAAACGGGCACUUAAGGUUUUUCUUUGUUACUUUUUUUUGAAGACUUAAACACUGGAUAUAAAAACUCAAACAGUCUGAACUAACCAAUAGUGAAUAUUUGGGACACUACAGCAGAACAUUAAACUACUGAUUGUGGGUCAAGUAUGAUAGUAUUGUUUUCUACUUGUUUCUGUCCCAUUUCCUCUUCACUUUGCUGCUAGUUGUCUGGAAAGAUGUGGUCGAGCAGCCACAUUUUUAGUUAACCCCAGGAGCAAAUCCAAGCUUCCAGAUCUAAAUCCCCAAUGUUGCUGGUUAAUAGAAAAUAUUUUGUAAGAGUUUAUUUUUAUAUAAAUAUUUCUUUAUUUAUUUCCCAUCUUUGUUUAAGAUGUGUUUUCCCUUUACGUUAGUAAUUGUGUGUGUUACUGAUUUCAGGAAAUGACCCACUACAAUUUAAAUAUAAGUCCUGCACACUUGCUAACACGUUUAUUAAGUUACAACAUUUUGGUCCGACUGACCUUCAAGAGGUACAUUAUAUAUCUGUAUAUUCACACACACACACGUGUGUGUAUUCAUAUCCUUGUGGGGACAUCUCAUUGACAUAAUGCUUUCCCUAGCCGCUUACCCUAACUAUCAAAAAUAAAUGCCUAACCCUAACCUUUAUCCUAAACUUAACCAUAACCUCACUGUAACCCUGACACUAAAACCACAUUUUGAGUCUCAAAAAUGCCUUCAAACCUCUGGGGACGGGCAAUUGGUCCGCAUAAGGGCUGUUGGUCCCCACAAGUAUAGUAAACUUCCAAUUUGUGGUUCCCACAAAGACAUCUAAACAGGUACAUACACACACACACACUGCUGUGAAAAAGUAUUUGUCCACUUUCAGAGUUUGUUUCGGAUCAGUAAACAAAUUUUAAUCUUAGACAAAGAAAAAUUAUUAUUUGAUUUAUUAAGGGUAAAAAAAUUAUCUGACCCUGUGUGAAAAAAGUCAGUGUUAAUGAUUCAACAAUAAGAAAGAGACUGGGCAAGGCACGUCUCAGAUUUGCCAAAAAUGCCCUGAUGAUCUCCAAGACUUGGGUUAGGGUAGGGAAAAUAUCUUGUGGAAUAUUACUCUGUUUGAGCUCUGUUACAUUUUGUGUAAAAAAAGAAAUGUAGCAUCAUCCCAGCAGACAGACAGGGUGGUGGUAGUGUGAUGGCCUGGAACUGUGAAUUCUGCUCUCUACCAGAAAAUCCUGAAGGAUAAUAUCCGGCCAUCAGUUCAUGCCCUGAAGUGCCAGCACAUUUGAGUUAUGAAGCAGGACAAUGACAAAGAGUGGGCCAAAAUUCCUCCCCAGUAAUGCAAAAGACUCACUGGCGGUUAUCGCAAAUGCUUGAUUGCAGUUCUUACAGCCAAGGGUGGCACAACCAGUUAUUAGGUUUAGGGGGCAAUUACCUUGACACACAAGGCAAGGUAGGUUUAGAUAACCUUUUCUUUCCCUCAGUAAAUUAAAACAUAGUUUAAAAACUGUAUUUAUUUAUUUCCUUGAGUCAUCUUUGUCUAAUAUUGUUUAAUGUAUGAAACAUGAAUGUGACAAAUAUGCAGAAAACUAAGAAGUCAAGAAAGAGGCAAAUACUUUUUUCACCCCACUGCAUAUAAUAAUCACUUAAUGGUUGACACUUCCCAUGUGUAUAUGCCAUUAUUCAGAUAAAAAACCAUUAGUCUGACAUUUUUUAAAGCUAAUCAUAACACAUAUACAACUACUCUCCUCUACAGAAACAACCACACAGAUGGAAAUUAUACAAUGGCUAAUCGUUGUUGAAUGAGUUAUCUUUAAAUUGUUGUGGCAUUUUUCCCUCGAUGCACCUGUUAACCAUUCAAAUGUACAGAGGUUUUUUGAACUAUGAAAUCAUUCACUGAAACACUGUAUUAAAGAUGUGCCUUUACCCUUGUUAGCACAAUAUAAUUCUUUUACACUGAAAUGUGUGUUCAGGAAAAUGCUAAUAUUAUCUUCAGGCUAGGUGUUCCAUGAAUGUUUCUUUUGUCUGUAUUAUUAAAAAAAUACCAUUACAGUUUCAUCUUAUCUGAACUUUACAAGCUUCUGUAUUCCUUAAUCAAGCAGGCCUAGAUAAGGGUCGCUGAUUCCCUGCCUGGUCGUUAGGGAAAAAUGUGUACACUGCAACCAGUUGUGAAUGGAUGCUAGAGGUUGCUGGCAGUUGCUAAGGUGAAUGUGAUCAAAAAGACGUAUACAGUGUUGCACUGAAAGCCUCCUCACCAUUGCUUUGGUCGCUAGCAGGUUGCUAUGGUCACUAGUAGUCACAUGGAAGACUGACUUGUCUUCAAACACUUGUCAUUUAUUCUACAAAAAGUGUGACACAGACCUUCAACUAUUCACCUUAAAAGUAAAAGCUCUCGAAGUUUUGGUAUUAGCAUAACCUUUUCCACUUCUAGUUUUAGCUAUACUUUCUCAAUUGUUUAAAGUUUUGUAAGUGCUUGCAGACAAAUCAUGCAAACUGUGGGAGACCAUGGCAGUCUACUAGUGACCAAAGCAAUCACAAGGAGGUUUUUGGUGCAGCACUUUCUUUGCAACUGAUUUCACAUGGUGAUAGCAAGCAACCUCAGGCAACCAUUCACCACUCAGUUGGGUAAUAGACUUUUUCCGCUUGCAGCUAGAGGCUGUCAGGGGGUUACUAGCCACAAGACCUGUGUGACUGAGGCCUUAGCUACCUAGCUAGGUAGCUUGUUUAGCUAACCCUUUAGCUAAUUAAAUCAAACACAGAUUUUGUUAGCAUGCAACAUCAAGCAACUAUGAAAUGCCAGUGGCACAGAUUCUAGUUUUGUGUCAUCAUUCAGCUUCAUUAUAAGUUAUAUUAUAAAUUUCUAUUCAUUUUCUUCAUUGAAGUUUCAGAAACUCUGUAUAAAAUCUGUUUUGAACGUACCCAGCCAACUGUCAAGUGAAUCAUGACCAUAAAAAGAAUUUUGAUUUGCAUCAAAAGGAAAAAAGAAAAACAAAAAAGGUCUAAGGUACAAAACUUUUUCAAAGUGAAGAAAUUACAACUACUACCAGUCCCAAAUUCCACAGCUUCCAGCCUUCCUGAUUCAGCCAUCUUGAAUUUAAUUUUUUAGUUACUAUAGUGUUGCAUAACAAUAUUUUAUACUAAUAAGUUUUAAAUAUAUUUUAUAGUUUGUGAUGUGUGUAGAGUGAAGUGCAGCCUAUGUACUGGUAUAGUGCAGUGCUACAUUCAUGACUGUACACAGUUUCUGAAGUUUUGCACUAACCUGAUUGCGACCGGUUUAAACAUCUAUGGUAAUAGUGUCUCCACCAAUCAGAGACACUGAGUUUAGAAUAUACGAUUAUAAAUAAAAUGGUUCUUUUCCAAAGCAUUGCCAAUAAAACAAGUCUUUGUUAAAACAAGGCUUCUGCAUAUACUAUUGUUUACAAUGUCACAACUUGUAUUAAGUUUACUUUGGAUGGUAACAACAUAAUUACAACAUACAAUCAUAAUAAAUUUUUACUUGAGGAAAA